AUGUCAAGGACAAUACACCUUUAGACCCAUUCAGUUCAGGGUACAUUCCCCCUCCAUCUCCCACGCCUUCCGAGUAUGUCAUUGUCGAACAUACUACCGAUCAACCGCAACCUCCGCAGACAUCGCGAGAUAAACGCGAGUCUCGAAGUAGCCUUUUAGACACGAUCGUUCCUGAGGAAGGGCGGGAUUUCUCCACGCUUGGAUCAGUUCUCUCCGGUAGGCAGUCGACCAUUGGUCACAGGAGAACACGAUCAGGAGAGCCUUCUGGAUCGAGUACCAGCACAACGCCGCCUCCCAAGCGACUCUCUAAUCGACUGCACAAACCACGACCAUCCCUAGAAACGUCAUCUUCUUUCUUACGCCCCACCUCGCCCUUUAAAUUACAUCGGAGCCUCAGCCCUAUUCAAUUCCCAAAAGAUCCAUUCGAAGCGUCCGUUGAAGAGGAGGGUGUGGGCCCUCUCCGUUCUUCCAUGGACCGAACUCAGCAAUCCUCUCUAUCACAUGAUACACAUGAGGUUGAUGGUCUACCCGGCCAUAAGCCAGUUUCCGCGCGACCCUCGAUGGACGGCGUGGGUGGUGCGGCAGGCGCUGGAGAGAAAGGCAUGGGCUCGCGCAAGAGAUCGCAUAUACGGACACCCUCUUCGCCCACCUUUUUCAGCUUGAACAGACGUGUCGCAUCUACCUCCGUUUUAUCUCUCCACAAGGACCAUCAACAACAACAACAGCCAGACUCGACCCAGCCAUAUUUACAUUCCCAAGCAGACGCAAGUGUAUACGACUUUGAUAUCUAUCGACAACCUGAUGACCCAGCACUACAACCACCCUUACCUAUCUCAACCUUGACCUUGACCCCAACCGCCUCGCACCCACCCCCUGCCUCAGCCGCGCGGUUGAGUGCUGCACUCAGCGCUGCCGCUGCGGAUGUCUACGGUGCUGGUGGGGCUUCGGCAGCUGCAAAGAAACGGUUCUCUGCUAGCAUGUCUGACCUACCUGCCCUACAUUCUGGCACCACCAUUCCCAAUUCGGUACGAUUCCCUGCGUCGGCUUCGAGUAACCAAGUCAACAUGUUCGGGAAGGAGGGGAAUGACGACAACAGCAAGAAUGGACUUGCACCAACCACAAAUUUAUACAUUCCAAAGGAAUCCCUAGACCUGCCGACCUA